AUGGACACCCUACCUCCCGCCGAUGCGUUUGCUCCGGCGGCAGAGGAUUCCUACUUGGCGAACAAUUCGAGUGGUCGGCCAGGUACCGCAUCCGUAGGGGCGGAUGGCUCUCUCAAGCUCAAAGUCGAUGAACCACAGAUUCAUAGCGAGGCUGAGUCUCUUUACUCAUCAUUCUCAUCGCCAGGCCGGACACGAUUCAACCGACUCUAUCUUAUCGGCACAACUUCCACCGUACUAUCUGUUGACGCACUGAAGGCUGCAAUCGUCGAGGCAAAAAACGGAAAGGACAUCAAAAAUUACGAAAGAGCUGUCCGUGCCUUGGCCGAAGUAGCGCCAAAGGAGCCAGAGGCAUCUCUGGAUACUGUAUGGGCCCAGAACCUUCAGCGGAAUAUCAGCGCCCAGACGGAGCGUUUGGAGCAUGAACUUCGUGGCUACAAAAAUAACCUAAUCAAGGAGAGCAUUCGCAUGGGUAACGAGGACUUGGGGAAUCACUACUAUGAAACUGGUGACAUGGUGGCCGCGUCAAAAGCGUAUUCCCGCAUGAGAGAUGUAUGCACAACCCCAAACCAUAUUACAUCGAUGAUUUUUAAAAUGAUCAACGUCUUCAUUGAACGCAAUGACUGGUUGGGCGUUGCAUCUUACGCUGGUCGACUUCGCACCACUCAGGCCAAACCUGAGGAAAUGGCCAGGAACCAGCCCAAGAUGGCCAGUGCGCUUGGCCUCAGUCAGAUGCAUUCGAACCAAUUUUUUGAAGCUGCCAAGACCUUUCUCUCCGUCGAUCCCAGCCUCGCGGAUACCUACAAUGAAGUCCUUACACCAAACGAUGUUGCCGUCUACGGUGGCCUCUGCGCCCUGGCCUCGAUGAACCGCAGUGAGCUCCAACGGCUAGUGCUAGACAACAGCACUUUCCGCAACUUCCUUGAACUUGAGCCCCACAUCCGUCGCGCUAUCGCCUUCUUUUGCAAUUCCAAAUUCCGCCCAUGCCUUGAAAUUCUAGAAGCAUACCGCGCAGACUACCUUCUCGACCUCCACCUUCAGCGUCAUGUAGCUACUCUCUACGGCCGCAUCCGUACGAAAGCCAUUCAACAAUUCCUUCUUCCUUUCAGCAGCGUCACCCUCGAUUCCAUGGCGGCGAUCUUCGCUCCCGAGGUUGUGGGUGGGCAGGCCCGCCCUACCGGUACCAUGUCACCUUUUGUGCACGAGCUGAUUGGUCUCAUCAAAGACGAUGUCCUUGACGCUCGUAUUGAUCUUGAGAAGGGAUUGCUGGUGUCCAACCAGUCUGAUCUAAGAAAUGAGGUACAAGCAGAGGCGCUGGAAAGCGUGCGUUCUUUCAAUGACGAGCUCCAUUUGCGUACCCUCCGUGCGUCUGUACUCCACGCUGGCCUUCAGCUCUCUCCUCCGGACCCAGAAAGAAAGACAGGGCGUGGACGGAUAGCAGCCAGUGCAGGAAAGGGCCCUCGAGGCCAAGGACUGGCUGGCUACUAA